AUGAAAUCAUUGAUCUUUCUCCUAGUUUCAUUUUCCUUUGUUUCUACGCGAUCAAUUAGCAAACGAGAGAAUAUUCCAAUUCUCUCAACAGCAGGCAAAUAUUUAAAUGUUUAUUCGAAAAUUCAAAAUCAAUUAUCGAUUUUUCAUCGGGGAUCACGAGAGUGGAAUCAAUAUUCGUUUCCGGAUGGUGUUCAUUUUGAUCGGCGUCGAUUUGGGCCUAUUCCGGAAAAUACGAUUCUUGAUGUCGAUACGCGGACAGGUGAAGUGAAAAGCCAAUGGGGCAAUAACACAUUUUAUAUGCCACAUGGGCUGACAAUUGAUAGUCAGGAAAAUGUUUGGUUGACGGAUGUUGCAAUGCAUCAAGUAUUCAAAUAUUCGAAAGAAAGAACGUUAGUGCUAAGCCUGGGCGAACGAUUUGUCCCUGGUAGUGAUUCGACUCAUUUUUGUAAGCCGACCGAUGUUGCUGUAUCAAGCGAUGGUGAAGAUAUUUACGUUGCUGAUGGAUAUUGUAAUUCACGAAUAGUGAAAUUUGAUUCAAAUGGAAAAAAAGUCCGGCAAUAUCAGAUUCCUGCUGAAGAAAAGCAACUUGUUAUUCCACAUAGCCUUGUUCUCAUAGAAUCCCUUCAACUUCUCUGUGUAGCUGAUCGAGAAAAUCGACGAAUAGUUUGUUUCAAUAUCAAAUCGGCUGAAGGAAAAGUAAAAACCAUCAUUGAACAUCCUUCGCUGAAUACAAUUUAUGCAUUAACAUACAACCCACUCAAAAAUCAUCUCUAUGCUAUAAGUGGCACAGGUGUCCGAACAGACGCAGUUGGUUACACAUUUAGUGCAGAUUCGAAAUCAUUUGGAAGACUGUUGAGCAUUUGGAAGGCAAACGAGAAAUUUGGUGAACCCCAUGAUUUGGCGAUGAGUAAUAAUGGACAGUUUUUAUUUGUUGGUGAAAUUCGUCCAAAUCGUGUUAUAUAUUUCGAUAAAUUUUUAUAA